UAAUAAGUAUCUGAAACAUUAGUAUGCUAUGUUGAUUUCUGUCCAGCUGUUGCGGGCGAACUUUCGCUUAUUUAAUUAGUUUUUCCGAGUAACACCCGCAAGCGAAGUCUUUUACGACAUCCCGCUCGGAAAGCAGGAGUGAUCGUUAUGACACGUGACUGUCGAAAACUGGUCUGAGGAUAACAUGGCGGUAAAAGGAGAUGGCUGCUCGCAGUCUGUCUCGAAUGCAGAAAAGUGCAGACUUUGGAGACAGCGGAAGAAGUCUGACCCUGUACAUCGUCAACAGGAAACUGAGAGGAAAAGAAUGCAUAGAAGAGAAAGGACGACUGCACAAAUUGAAAGGGACAGAGAGACAGCCCGAGUUCGAAUGCAGCGACAUAGAACAGCAUGCAAGGAUUCAGCUGCUUCCAUCAAGAAAAUCACCUCACAGCCUGUCUUGACGAGACAUCAAAAGGAAGCGAGGCGUGUGAGGUGGAAAAAACAAAAACAACAGUACAGAAGUAAACUUGGUCCUCAAAAAAAAAGAUGAAUAAGGGAACGGGAUACGUUGGC